AUGGCUUCUGCAGAUGUGGCACAGCGUGAUUUCCACUUCGACUCUGGAGAUCAUGACAUGCGAGGCUGCUUCACAUUCGUCAGCGCUCUUAUGAGCCUUCUCAAUGGCCUGGCAUCGCUGGAGAACAAUCAGCUUGAUAUCGUGCUGCAACGCGUGCGCAAUGCAGAUGAGGAGCUCACCAAAGACUGCGACUGGCCUGGGAAAACUGUCUUGCGAGGUCUUUGCAACCUGGUGGCUGGCGUUGUUGAGAUCAUGCAGGGUAUGCCUUCCAGGGGUGUAUGGCAUGUGCUUCGAUCCUGGCUUUGGCUAAGAAACUUGGAAGUGGAGGCCUUGAAUUACGAGGGCUAUGAGCGCUGUUGCGUGAGAUCAACGGCGCUGCUGGCUUUAGGAGUUUUCAACUUGUUUGUGUCAAUGUUGCCCCCAACAGCAAUGAAAGCAGCCGGGUGGGCAACCGGCUUUGCCGGUGGCCGCGACGUUGCUUUAGCUCAACUCCAGUCGUGUUGGGAGGAGGGUGGCAUCCAGGCGCCGUUUGCUGGCCUGGUGCUUAUCGGCUUCUCCGUGGAUGUCUCCUCCUUCUUGGGGGAGCUGCGUGCCGAGCGCGCGAAACGGCACACGACUGCACGCUCCAUUCUGGACUGGGCGAAGAAGAACUAUCCGGAUGCCUUCUUCUUCAAGGGACUGGAGAGCGGCUAUCUGGCGGCUACUCAAGAUUUGGAAGGUGCGAUUGCAGAACUGGAAGAGAUUAGAGCCUCCGUCCAAAAUCUCCCUGCCUUCCUCUUUCUGGUGAAUGUCCGACGAGCGACGUUCUUGCUUAGCCUCUUCCGAUGGAAAGAUGCGGGCGACGCAUUUUCGGACGCGGUUCAGGUUUACCGAUCCGUCGGGAGGCGAGCGCUGUGCCCAUCAUUGUCCUUGAAUUCACACCUUUGCUAUCUGCGUGCUGAUUGUGCGGAACGUGCAGCAGAGAUGUUGGCUCUGUGUCGCUCCUAUCGUGAGGAGAAGAAGAAGUGGUCGCCUUUGGACCGAGUGUCGCUACGACAAGCCGAAACUGCACACCGCUACGCGCAGGCUGCCUCUGCCAGCAGCCCUGCUGAUGCUGACGCAGGUCCUGCCCGGGCUGACGAGGGCCAGGAAGAUGGUGAGGAGGCAUCUGACUCCUACCAGCUGGGCGAGCAGAAGUGGCGGCCUAUGCUGUUGCUUUAUCUGAAGAUCUCCUGUGUGUACCGUGGCGUGAAUUUCAUGCAGCACGCAGCAGCCCAGGAGUUCCUUCAGAUGGUGCAAGACGAGGCAAGGAACCACGAAGACGCAGACGGCCAGUGUAUGGCCUUCUGCAUCCAAGCGGAGGCAAUGCGCCAGUCGGAAAACUGGGACGAAGCCCUGCGCCUCGCCGGUGAGGGCAUCGCCUUGCAACCUCAGCUCUCACCGGCGGGGGUGAAGACAGGCUGCCUCCACUUUUGCCACCUGGUCCUCGCCUACUCGCAAUAUGCCCUGGGCCGACCGAGCUUAGCGCAAGAGGCGCUGACAAAGUUGUCCUCCCUGAGCGUGAGCGACCACUUUUUCCAGAAGCAGGUGGAGUUUAAGGCAACUCACCUUCGCUUCCUUGUUGGGGCCGAGUUUGAGGAGAGCUACCGAGAGAUAUCGGUCGCAGCGAGAAGCAAAGUGCGGCUUGUGGUGGAUGUCGAAGAAGGCACGUCUGUGCAGUGGGAUUUUAUCCUCAACGGUUUCACCAUCGACUUUGUUGCAAUUUUCACGCCGAAGAAAGAAGGCGUCGAGUCGCAGGAGCUUCAACGUGUGGAGCAGCACCAGGCCCAGGACGGCCCUUGCGAGGGAUCCUCCGGGACCCUGGAAGCAGGCAGCCUCGAGCUGGUCUUUUCAAACAGCUUCAGCAUGCUGAGGGGGAAGAGCUUGCAAUGCCGGGUGCAGCCUGAGAGUUUGACCAUCCGCGAGGAGGCUUGCUGA